CGGCCCGCCGCCCGCCUUCGCCCUCCCCCUCGCUCUCGGCGCCCGCAGCCACGAUGAACCGGGGCGGCAGCAGCCCGUCGGCCGCCGCUAACUACCUGCUCUGUACCAACUGCCGGAAAGUGCUGCGGAAGGAUAAAAGAGUCAGAGUAUCUCAACCCUUGACAAGAGGACCAAGUGCCUUUAUUCCAGAGAAGGAGGUUGUCCAAGCAAACACAGUGGAUGAACGUACUAACUUUCUUGUGGAAGAAUACUCUACAUCUGGUCGUCUGGAUAACAUCACACAGGUCAUGAGUUUACACACUCAGUACCUGGAGUCUUUCUUGCGGAGCCAGUUUUACAUGUUGCGCAUGGAUGGUCCCCUUCCUCUACCAGACAGGCACUACAUUGCAAUAAUGGCUGCAGCUAGACAUCAGUGUUCUUACUUAAUAAACAUGCAUGUGGAUGAAUUUUUAAAGACUGGAGGUAUUGCUGAAUGGUUGAAUGGUUUGGAAUAUGUACCCCAAAGACUGAAAAAUCUUAAUGAAAUAAAUAAAUUGCUAGCACACCGACCCUGGCUGAUCACGAAAGAGCACAUUCAGAAACUUGUCAAAACUGGAGAAAAUAAUUGGUCUCUGCCUGAACUGGUACAUGCUGUGGUCCUACUGACACAUUAUCAUGCUUUGGCAAGCUUUGUUUUUGGUAGUGGCAUCAAUCCAGAGAGAGAUCCAGAAAUCUCCAAUGGAUUCAGGCUAAUAUCAGUCAACAAUUUCUGUGUUUGUGAUCUUGCUAAUGACAACAAUAUAGAGAAUGCAUCACUUGCAGGCAGCAACUUUGGGAUUGUAGAUUCUCUAACUGAGCUAGAGGCCUUAAUGGAAAGGAUGAAAAGGCUUCAGGAAGACAGGGAAGAUGAAGACGCAUCUCAGGAAGAAAUGACCACUCGUUUUGAGAAGGAGAAGAAAGAGAGUCUUUUUGUGGUCUCUGGAGAUACUUUUCAUUCAUUUCCUCAUUCAGAUUUUGAAGAUGACAUGAUUAUAACAUCUGAUGUAUCUCGAUAUAUUGAGGACCCUGGUUUUGGGUAUGAAGACUUUGCCAGAAGAGGAGAAGAGCAUUUGCCAACAUUCCGAGCUCAGGACUAUACCUGGGAAAAUCAUGGGUUCUCCCUGGUAAACAGACUUUACUCUGACAUUGGACAUCUUCUUGAUGAAAAGUUUCGGAUGGUCUACAAUCUCACCUAUAAUACUAUGGCCACCCAUGAGGAUGUUGACACAACCAUGCUGCGCAGAGCUUUAUUUAACUAUGUUCACUGUAUGUUUGGAAUCAGGUAUGAUGACUAUGAUUAUGGAGAAGUUAAUCAAUUACUUGAACGAAGCCUGAAGGUUUACAUUAAGACAGUGACCUGCUAUCCUGAGAGAACUACAAAACGCAUGUAUGAUAGUUACUGGCGGCAGUUCAAACACUCAGAAAAGGUUCACGUAAAUCUACUUUUAAUGGAAGCACGGAUGCAAGCUGAACUUCUUUAUGCUCUUCGUGCCAUAACUCGGCAUUUGACCUGAAGCAUCACCCAGGGAAAAUGUCAUAUAUGUGUAAAGACCUUUUCACAUAAGAUAUACAUCAAAAGCUGUCUGUGAUAUAGCAUCAAAAAUUAUCCAGUUCUCUAGUGUCAAAGUUUAGCUGUUUUUUGGGUUUUUGUUUUUGUUUUUUUUUUUUGCGGCUGUAAUGUGCAAUGAUGUGUUUUAUUUUUCUUGAUGCUUAACAUUACAACAAUUGCAAAAAUAAUACUGAGGAGCACUACCUUGCUUUGUUUAUAGUUGGAUUUUUGGAUACUUAUCAUAAAUCAUAAACCUGGUUUGUUAAUGCUUAACUUCAGCGCUUUGGGGUUUGUGUGUAUGUGUAUUUUUUCUUUACCUUUUUUAAAAAAAAAAUAAGGAAAGGCGCUUACAACCUGCUCAAGUAGUUUUCAGACAUUGGCAUUCAGCAAAGAAUGACCUCCUCUGGCCAUUCUAAAAUUUUAAUGUUGUGUCCUAAAUCUGGUGGAGGAAAAGCAUGCGCUGUUGAACCAAGCUGCUCACUGGACACAUAUUUGUGUCCUCAAGAGAUUAUUUGUCAGGCACUGUUUUGUUUGUUUGUUUUGUUCAUUUUUUUUUUUUUUUUUACUGCUAUUGGCGAUAACGUGAAAUGUGAUACAGUCAUUGUCCAUAAUUUAAUGUGAAAUUAAUCAUAAUGAAUUCUAUAGCAUGCUACUGAAAUGCCAAAUUCAGCUAUUUUCUUUCUGUUCUAAAAUGGAAGUUUCAGUUGUUCAUAUCAGUUGUAUAUAUUAAAAGUGAAAUUAUGCACAAUCCUUUCUAUCACUGACAGUAAUCCUCAGUCAUCUUAAAUAAUAAGUGCUCACAGUGCUGCUUAUGGUCCAUUUAGUUGGCACAUAUAAACCUGUACCCACACAAGACUGACCAAAAAUUUUCUUUGCACAUUUUUCCUUUCUCAUAGUUCUUUUCUAUAUUCUAGUAAGCAGUUGAAGGUUACUAUGCCUAUAUUUUUUCCCAUUAGGCUUUUAGAAAUAAUUUUCCAUGUUUUUCUUAUAAUAGGUUAAACAGUUUAUUAUUCAAAGGAAAAAAAUUGUGUUUCUAUGCAUUAAUGUGAUUGAACAACAACAAAAAAAGAGUGCAAUAUGUUCCAAAAAAUUCUCAACUUUUCCCCUGUCAUGUCACUGUGGAAGUGUCCUUUUAAACAGAGCCAUAAAGAAAUUUUGUUCAAAUUUCUUUAUUGCACAAGGUUUUUUUCAGUUUUACCUUACUGGGGUUAAACAAUGUUCGUUUUAUAAUGCCAAAGCAUUCCAUUCCCCAGAAAAAUCUCUUUGGACAACUGGUUAAAAAAAGAUAUCAAGUCAGAGGGGAGGAAUAAGUGGCCAAAAAGUCACAUUUUUGCAUUGGUUUGUGUUGCUUGGUUAGACUAUUUUCAGAGAGCACAACAUUAUGUGUUUAUAGCUUUAAUUUGUAUUAUGUUAACGAACCAGUGAAGUGCCUAAAGAGAUGCUUACAACUAUCCAGUAGGACACAACUGUACUGCUUAAACACUUUUUGGUUAAUUAAGGGUGACUUGAAUUUUACACAUACGUGCUAAUUUUAAAAAACAUAUAUGUAAAUUUUUUCAUAGUAAAUAAUAUAGUUAAAAUUUUCCGUUAUAGUUCCCACAGAGAUUUCAUUUUAAACUUACUCGCUAUAUGGGACUUUUUUCUCUCAUGAAAGGAUCAUGGACUAACAUUUUAUUUGAUCACUUUCCCCUUCCAUUUAUCAUCCUGUUCUGGUACAUUAGGUUGCUUUUCUUCAAAUUUUGUUCCAGAUAAGAAAACAAGGAUGACUGUAAACCUAUUAACAUAAGGCAGUUCUACAUUUUUAGGUUCCAGGAUCUUGUUUGAAAUCUUCCAUGUGAGGAAAAAAUUACUAAUAUUUUUGAAGACAGGGUGGUUUAUUUAAAGAGGUUAUUCAAAGAACUCAUGCCAGGUCUCUUCUGUUUUGUUUAUUGCAUAUAUGAUAUGUUGAUUUUGUUCAAUAUCACAUUAUAUAGAUAUGUAUUAACCACAAAGAAAGUAUUUAGGAGAGUGGCGAAACAUAUGGCAACAUGUGUCCAUUUGACUUCCCUAACUUCAGAACUUUCAAUUUGAGGAUAUCUUUUAUUCUUGCAUUUGUUUUUUUUAACUAGAAUCCUUUCAAUUAAUAGUCUUGUAUUUUCGUGCAGGUGAACUGUAUUAAAGGAUGAAAAAUGAUUUCUGUGUAUUGAAAAGGAGGAGAAAUUCUCACAGAACACCAUAUGAGCUUUAGACCAAAAGAGGAAACAAGGUUUAAGUAACUAAAAUGGCCACUUAGUUUUUUGGGUUUUUUUCCUUAGAAAUGUAAGUAGUUAGAGUUUGGAUUAUGGAAAUAUUAGUGCCUUUAAUAGAUCUCUUUCCUAGCAAAGUUUCUUUUUAGCUCAGCAUUGAUCUAUCUCAUCAAUAAUCAGGAAAAUAAGUUGACUUGGAACUAUAAACAAAAACAAAACAAUGUAUUUAUGAACCUCAGUGAACCAGCCUAGAAAAAUUUACUUCUGAAGGUGCUGAGGCACCUAAGAUGCAGCAUGCACAGCAUUCCAUGUUGUGAAUACCAUUUUACAACCAGUUUGCUGUUAACUCUCUUUAUCCAUUGCAAACUUGAAAUUCUGAUGCGGUUUUCCAGGGUGGUAUUUUUUCAGAGUAUUGAAUUUACUACGUAGUAAUUUAUAGUAUAGCUUUUUAUAUUAAGAUGUGAUAUUUUUUAAAAAAGAUAUCUGGUUCAAUUGGUAUAGUGAUGUCAUUGUACGCUAUGCUAAUCUACACCUUGGGCUCACAUUGUGCCAAACUUAAAUGUGCACCUGUACAUGAAAAAAAAGCACAUGUGAAUGUGAAUUCUGUAAUUCCUUGCCUAUUAUGUUAAAAGUAGUUUAAUAAUCCACUGAUGUAUAUGCUUGAAUAACAUCUAUUUACUUUGGAAUUUAAAGUUUUCCAGUUUCAAUGAUAGUUCUUAAUUUCUCAGAUCACCUUAUCAAAAUACUCUCCCAUCUGAAAAUAAAUCUAUUUUCUAGCCCACUUGACUGUGGUAGUGGCCAGGCAGGUGCCUCACUGGAUCCUUCAGACUAGACUUCCUCAAGUGAAUUUGUGAUAAUUAAGGGAAAAGAGACUUUUGAGGUGGAACUAGGUAUUACCUUCUUAACCUUUUUGAAAUAAGUACAUUGUCUUGGUCUCAGGAAGAAUUUGUCCCAUUUGGGGUACUUUUUAAGUAAAAGAUGGCUAACAUGUAAUCUAGGGCAUGGCCUUGGCCUUUAAUUAUAGUUUUAAAGCCAAAUAACAGCAGAGCAACACAGGACUGUUUUUAGAACAGAAAACUCAAUGUAAGUUUUAUAUCAAAGUCAUGUAAGGUUUGAACCAGAACCCCUAAUUGGAUUGUUAUAAUGUCUCUUAAAAAUUUUAAAUGCUUCUAAAAGCUAAUCAGUAUUAUUCUACAGCAAAUUUUUUCUUUACCACCUUAGAAAGUUUUUUUUUUUUUAAUUCAAAAUCUUAGAUUUUUAUGCCGCAGCAAAAUAAAAUUAUCAGCAAAGAUCUGUACUUAAAAUAGUUCACUACUUGUAGUGGAGAGUGCAUGCAUAUAUGAUAGUAAGAUUCUUUUAAACUCAAAGGACAGUUCAUCAGGGAAUAAAAUAAAUUUCAGUGCAUGUUAUAAAAAUGGUUUGCACUGUGAUAGCAAAAUGAGGUUUUUGUUUUGUUUUAUGCUGUGUUUUAAAGACUAUUCUAAAUCAUUUCUCUGGGAAGCGAGACCUUAAACUCUUCUCUUUAUCUAAUAAGAUUUUUCUUUCUUUUAUGCAAAGCGAUAGUAGUGCAGGAAGUAAAAAGUUUGCACCAAUAAUGCUAUAUAAAUAGUAUGUGAAAUUGUUUUAGUAGUAAAAUUUGAUAGCAACCUGAAAGAUGUGGCUUUUCUGUUCAGAUCGAGUUUUAAGUUACCUAAUUUGUAUAAUCAGAACCUAUUCUAGGUGGCCAUCAUAAACUGUGUUUCCAUGUUAUAUCCCUCUGGAGACUGAGAAUCAAAUUAAGUAAUCUUUCCACAAAGCAGUACUGUAACAUGAAUGUAUUUAUCUCAGUCAACAGAACUUAAAUGCCCACUGUACGAGAGGAGCUUAUUUCAAUGCUAAUUUGGCUUUAGUUAGCAGUGUCUGCUCAGGUGAGACCUAGAACAAAAAUAGGUGGGGUGAAAUGGAUCACAGAGGUAGAGGUAUAUAUAUCAAGGCAGAAUCCUGUGAGGAAGAAAAAGGUUUCAGGAAACACAUGGAACACAGUGCUGAGAAUGUGGCUGUCCUCAGCAUUAUACACCUUAAUGUAAAGGAAAUAUUUCCUGUGUGGAAGCUCCUGCCUGCAUUCAAGUCCACCCUUUCCUAUCUGCUUUCUCUUCCUCCAAGUGCCUCAACCUCCAAAUGCUCACUCUCCUCCCCUUCCCUCAGCCCAUCUUGGUCUGAAUGCCUUUCACAAUCCAAACCAAACAUCACCAGCCACCUGCUGAUAGUCACCAGCAUUUACUUUUCUGAGUUACUUUUUCUCCAUUCAUUAAAAAUAUGGCUUUGUCCCAACUUUCUCUAAGCCCCUCAACCAUUCAACUGUAUUUUGGCUAACAUUUGCCCUAGACAUGCUACCAGAUGUUAUGCAGCAUCAUGUAAUCUUGUCCACCUGAUACAGUUCUACCCUUUACCCAGCUGCCAAAAUAUCUUGCUCUCCUCUACCUCAUCCCCAAAGAGCCUGUAAAUUCAGAGUAUCCAACCUUUUCGUGGAUUCACUCUCUGUUGUUCGGUAAUACUACUUCCAUAUUUAAAAUAAAUCAUAAAAGAUUUUUGCCUUCUAUCAAAGUAGGAAUCUUUAUAUUUAUACAUGAUACAGAAAUUGAACUAUUUCUAUUGUGCAGAAUUUAGUAUUUAGCAGGAUUUUAAAGUGAUUGAAUUGCCAUCCUAACUUGAAUCUAUAUUAGGUAAUGAAUACUGGUGUAAGUUCAAGUUAUUUGAAUGUAAACUUAAAAUUCUCCAGCAAUUCAUAUUGACCUGUAACCCUUCAGUGGAACAGGACAUUUCUGGCAUACAAAUGGGGUGGUGUUUCAGACAUUUAUUUAAUUAAUAUUGUUUGGACCUUGAAACACAUUUCUAAUAGAAGGGCUAUGGUAAAGGGUUUUUAGAUGAUCUAACUGAUUCACAGAAGCCCAUUUGAUUUGUAAUAUACCUAAAAGACCACAAAAUUUGGCACGUAAGGAUUUAAUUGAGAUUUCUUGGUUUGACUAAGACUCAAAUACCCAUUCCUACCCUGUUCUCAUUGGGGGGAAAUGUUCUAUGGGAUGAAAAAGGAAUGCAUUGACUUUGUAGUCUUUAUUCCUUUAGCUGCACUUCAGGUAUAUCCAAAUAGUAUCAUUAAGGAAGAGGAAAUGCAUAAAGGUGGAAGAUACAGCAGUUCUUCCUCUAGCCAGUGUGCAUUCAGUGUUGGUCAUAGAUGUAAAAUUAUGUCAGGUUUCUAACAUGAGGCAUGUUUAUCUUCAGGUUGUCUGACUUGAAGAUGAACCACCCUGUUUGAUAGUAUAGAUUAUUACUAUCUGAUGGUAUUUAGAUGUUUUCCAUCUUACUCAUGAACAACCCAACCUGAUAGCAGUGCCCAACAGAUGCCUCUAAAGGCCAGGACUGAAUGAAUGGCCUAGUUAAAAAAUGAGACUUAAUAAUGGAGACUGAAGAGAUGGUUUUUAUUAAAUCAUAUGUCAUGGAGUAUUUAUUCUAACUUUAACUUAAUUAUGACUACACUACCAUGAAGUACAGAAUUGAAAAAGCAAAAAUAUAGGGGAGAAAAGAAAAGAAUGAGUAUGUCUGAUUCUUUUGAAUACUUGUGGAAAUCUUUAAAAUAAUGCAGUGCAUACCAUAAAAUAGCCUUUAGAACAAAUACCCCAUUUUACAGCUCAUAGAACAUCAAACACUAGUAAGUCUAAAUAUGAUAAAUAUAGCUUGUUAUGUAAAUUUUGAUACAUUUAUCUAUUUUCUUGCACCCCUCAAGUUAACUGCUUAAAAAUGAAUGUAUAAUUUCUAUAGAAAAAAUAUCAAAAAGGGAGAGAGAAACUCUGGACUUCAGUGUUAAAAUACUGUUCACGAAUCCUGAUUAGUUAAGUAAAUGCAUUACAAUGCUUAUGGAAUAAAACUAAUUAUAUAUCUCUUUCUUAAAUUAAUCAAUCUUUACAAAUUUUCAACUGUCUCUCCCAAGUCUGACAAGAAAAGAUCAAAAGGUAGGAUAAAGGAAAUAUAUCAGUUGGGUGGCCAAGAAAUUUCCUUUGUAAUGUUUAGAGACAAUUUUCUCCUUUCUGACUUUUACUAGUUCUAUGAAAUAAAAGUUAAAAGUUAAAUGGUACCCUUGUUCAUCAAGGAAACUGAUCCAAAUUCUAUGUCUAGUGCAAAUAUUUCCUUAGCAUUCAUAUGUCUUCUCUGGAGAGAAAAUACAAUUUUCCCCUUCCUCUUUCUCUUUACAUUUACUCUUUUCAACCCCAAAUAAGAUAGACAUGCAAAGCAAACCACAAGCCAGUUUGGCAUUUUCUCAAUGCUAAUGGAAUAGGCACAUCCACAUGCACAGUCUGAGCAAGGUAAAAAAAAAGAACCCUGUCAGGUCAACUUGGAACAUUGCCUUGCUACUUGGAUUAGCUCCUUCAAACCUGAAAAUAACUUUCCUGGUCAUGGAAGAACUGGAUGUAUCCUUUAACUUAUGAAAUAGGAUUUGAACUUGAAAACUCUUUUUUUUUUAAUCCUGAAUUUGCAGGGCAGCUACAUAAUGAAUGUAUAUAUUAAGACUUUGUAGCUGAAUUGCACAUGAAAUCAGAUUGCCAACUUCUUGACUUUCAAUUUUAGACAUCAUUUUAUUCUUAAGUUGUGAGCGAUAUAUGUAGCAUGCUGUGAAAUGUCUCUUGUAGUUCUUUCAUCCAUCAGUAUUAAUACAGAAUUAUCUUCUGCGUUCCUUGGUACUUUUUAUUCAAUGUAAUCAGAAGCUGUGAUGUUUUGCCUUUGUAGUCCUGUGCUUUGUUACUGUAAUUUUUUUUUUAAUGAAGCACAUGACUUUGGACUAAUGUAAGGCGGAUGACAUGAUUUUUAAGACUGCUAUAUAAGUCUCUUACUCUAUAGGGUUUUAAAUUAGAAUAAGCUUUUAUCAAAUAGAUCAUUGAUACAAUUUAGAAUUCACACAAGUUUCAGUGUCAAAUGGCGAUCUUAUAUUUAUAGUUUCAAUUCUGAAAAUCGCAAACCUAUUAAACGGCCACUUUAAACUUGUUCUGGCAAACCAGACCCUGCUGUAGAUAUAGUGUAAGGUAGUUAACCAUAUAAGCCUUUUCAACUCUUAACACCCUCCACAUGAGUCAGCAGUUAAGGAGCUUAUGGAACCCAUGAAAGCUUUUCCUAUGUAUAACUAGGUUUUACUUAAGUUGCUGAUUUUACAAUUCUGACUAAAGCUGACCUAAAUGGAUCAGUUUAUGUGUAAUAUUCUAGUGCUUUAAUUCCUCUUUUUUUUUUUUUGGAGGGAUGAUUAAUAUUUGAACAGAUGCAGAAGGAACUGUAAGUCAAGACAAACGCAUUUGAAAUAAAGGAACUGUGUAUUAACGUGUUAACAACAAUUCAUGACUGCACUUUUUAUGACAUUUUGAAAAUCUAUUUAUAGGUACAGAACAAUGGGUUUUGUUAAACUGUAUCACAUUUAUACUUGCAGAAAUUUAUUUCAUUGUUAUUAGUAGGAAUUUUGUUGGUUCAAUAAAAUUGGCAAAACUGAGCCCAA